AUGCAAUUCCUCAAGUUCACCGCUGCGGCCGCCGCUCUGUUGGGCCAGGCUUCCGCGUUCCCUCCCGGCCCUGGAUUCGGUUUCCCGGGCGGGGGAGGAGGCCCGGACUCUCAGCCGGAUAGGGAUGGCUGCGUCGACUCCGAGGCGGCGUACAUUCGCUCCUACUUCUACGUCGGAGGCGGGUACGUCGACGAUGGUUCCGGUGGUCACAUCUUCCGCGAUCAGAUGUACGUUGAGAAGUUGCUCCCCACGACUGGAGUUUCCCAGGAGACGCCGAUCGUCCUGAUCCACGGUCAGGCCCAGACGGGUAGCAACUUCUACAACAAGCCCGAUGGCGGUAGAGGUUGGGCCUCUCACUUUGUGAGACAGGGCUUCGAGGUCUACAUCGUCGACCAGACGCUCCGUGGCCGCUCCGCUUGGAUGCCCGCCUACGGCGCCUCCAAGCCCUCGACGUACUCCGCCGAGAUCAUCCAGCAGCGCUUCACCGCCGUCAAGGAGUACAUGCUCUGGCCCCAGGCUGUCAACCACACUCAGUGGCCCGGUACCGGCAUGAUGGGUGAUGAGGUCUUCGAUGCCUUCUACAGCUCCAACGUCCAGUUCAUCAAUAAUGCCACCUACCAGCAAACGACCGUCCAGGCCGCCGGUGCCGCCCUUCUCGACAAGAUCGGCAGACCCGCCGUCGUUCUCGGUCACAGCCAGGGCGGUCUCAUGCCCAUCAUCAUCGCCGACGCCCGCCCCGAGCUAACCAAGGCUCUCAUCCUCCUCGAGCCUACCGGCCCUCCCUUCCAGGAGGCUGUCUUCAGCAACAAGUCCGCCCGCGCCUACGGUCUCACUGACAUCCCCGUCACCUACUCCCCUGAAGUCACGGAUCCCACCACCGACCUCGUUCAGCAGACCUACCCUGCCAAGGGCGAGAACUAUGUCCAGUGCGUGCUCCAGGCCGAGACCCCCGCCCCGCGCCAGCUCGUCAACCUCGCCGACAAGCCCAUUCUCCUCGUUACCUCUGAGGCGUCCUACCACGCUCCCUACGACCACUGCAGCGUCGAGUUCCUUCUCCAGGCCGGCUGCAGCAAGACGGAGCACCUCGAGCUCGGCGAGGCCGGCUUCCACGGCAACGGCCACAUGUUCUUCAUGGAGAAGAACAGCUACGAGAUCCAGAAGACUCUUCGCGAUUGGAUCCAGGCCUUGUAA